AUGGACCUCGAGCAUGGCAAGAAGCCCCCUGCCAUUGCCGCCGCGGAGCUAUGCUCGCUCAAGGACAAGCUCGUCGGCCUGCGGCCGGUCCUGCUGCGAGCGGCGGCGGUCCUGGCGACGGCGGUGGCCGCGGUGGUCAUGGGGCUCAACAGGCAGUCCUACACCGCGGUGGUGGCCAUUGUGGGCACCAGGCCGCUCACGCAGACCUUCACUGCCAAGUUCAGCGACACGCCUGCGUUUGUGUGCUUUGUCAUAGCCAAUGGCAUUGCCAGUCUGUAUAACUUGGUGGUGCUGCUCACCAGAAGGUGCCUUGUGCAGGGAAGGGCCCAGCAUUUGGUAGUGCAUAGGAUGGACAUGGUAAUCAUGGUUCUAUUGGCCACCGGUGCCGCGACAGCGGCUUCGAUGGCCGAGUUAGGCAAGAAUGGUAACUUGCACACGCGUUGGAACCCGAUAUGCAACAAAUUUGGUUCCUUCUGCAACCGUGGAGGCGUAUCACUCGUGUCCUCAUUCGUCGGCGUCGCGCUCAUGCUAGCCCUGAACUUGCUCUCAGCUGCAGCCACCUCUCCCCGUGGCAUCGUCGCAGGCCAAUGA